UGGGUUGUCAGGGCGACUGAGGGGAAAAGGAGAAGGGGUGCUGGGCCUGGCGGGCUAACAGAGGCUGCAGACAGCUGGGUGGUGCCGAGGGGCGGUGUCCGGAGAGCUGCGGAGCCGGGGCACCUAGGGUUCACCCACAUUACAGGAGGUGCCUGAGCCAGUGGGCCGGCCAGUGAGAUCCACGGUCCGGGACCAUGGGCUGCUUCUUCUCCAAGAGGCGGAAGGCUGAGAAGGAGUCGCGGCCCGAGAAUGAGGAACAGCCAAAGCAGUACAGCUGGGACCAGCGCGAGAAGGUUGAUCCAAAAGACUACAUGUUCAGUGGACUGAAGGAUGAAACUGUAGGUCGCUUACCUGGGAAAGUGUCAGGACAACAGUUUCUUAUUCAAGACUGUGAGAACUGUAACAUCUAUAUUUUUGAUCACUCAGCUACUAUUACCAUUGAUGACUGUACUAACUGCAUAAUUUUUCUGGGACCAGUGAAAGGCAGUGUGUUUUUCCGGAAUUGCAGAGAUUGCAAGUGCACAUUAGCCUGCCAACAAUUUCGUGUGCGUGAUUGUAGAAAGCUGGAAGUCUUUUUGUGCUGUGCCACUCAACCAAUUAUUGAGUCUUCCACAAAUAUCAAAUUUGGCUGUUUUCAAUGGUACUACCCUGAAUUAGCUUUCCAGUUCAAAGAUGCAGGGCUCAGUAUCUUCAAUAAUACAUGGAGUAACAUUCAUGAUUUUACACCUGUGUCAGGAGAGCUCAACUGGAGCCUUCUUCCAGAAGAUGCUGUGGUUCAGGACUAUGUUCCUGUACCUACUACUGAAGAGCUCAAAGCUGUCCGUGUUUCCACAGAAGCCAAUAGAAGCAUCGUUCCAAUAUCCCGGGGUCGGAGACAGAAGAGCAGUGAUGAAUCAUGCUUGGUGGUAUUAUUUGCUGGUGAUUAUACUAUCGCAAAUGCCAGGAAACUAAUUGACGAGAUGGUCGGUAAAGGCUUUUUUCUAGUUCAGACAAAGGAAGUGUCCAUGAACGCUGAGGAUGCUCAAAGAGUUUUUCGGGAAAAAGCACCUGACUUCCUUCUUCUUCUGAACAAAGGUCCUGUUAUUGCCUUGGAGUUUAAUGGAGAUGGUGCUGUAGAAGAAUGUCAACUUAUUGUAAAUGAAACAUUCAAUGGGACUAAGAUGUUUGUAUCAGAAAGCAAGGAGACAGCAUCUGGAGAUGUAGACAACUUCUACAACUUUGCUGAUAUACAGAUGGGAAUAUGAAAUACAGUGUCGAACCAAGACUUGGUAUUAAGCCCUUUCCAACUUGUGUAUUUAGAGUUUGACAAUAUAAUACUUUUGUAUAUUAGCAAUGGUUUUUAUGAAUUUUAAAUUGCUAAAAGUUUAUUUUUUAGUAAACUUGAAUACAGCGUCAUUUACUUGAGUUUCAAAAAUAGUUUACUUUAAAUUAAGUAGUUUUAAUCAACUUAUUUAACCCACUUCAGUAAACUUGCAGUUUUGUUUUACUGAAUGAUACUCUUAUUAGAAAAUAGAAGUGGCUAACAGUUUAUGAUUUUAAUCCUAUUUAAGUAUUCUUUCAGAUCUCUAAUAAUUUAAACUUUCCUCAGUGCCCAUGAUAUUUGUUUGAGAACAUAUUUUGUCACUUAUCUUUUUAAAUUUAGAGGUAUUUGUUACUAGUUGAUCAAUUAUAAUGAACCUAUGCAUGUUUUUUCAUGUAUACAUAUCCAGUUAAAUAAUUGCUUCCUAGUUGAAUUAUAUGACAAGUGAGAUUUUGUAUGUGGAGUUGACAUAAUACUUUGUAAACUGAAUUUUUUAAAAAAAUAGGCAUUUGAUAACCAGCUUUACAAGUAACUCUACUAACUGACGUUAGUAUAGCUAUUUAAAGACUACUUUGUAAUUUGAUUAUUUGAAUAAAUUCUACAUUGUUUAGUUUUUUAAUACAACUGCUAGAUGACCUUUCUGCUUCCUGGUGAGAAAAGGUAUAUGCAACACUAAAAAAAGGUGAUAACUGUUUUAUCAGCUCUUGUGGGCUAUCAAGAGAAUUAGAACAAAAACUUGUAACUUUUAGGUAAGAAAUACUUAGGCAUGAUGAUAAGCUAUGCAGAUUUUUAAAAAGUUUGAUACAUUUGAUUUUCAUUAGAUAUGCCAUUCAUAUAAAGUAAUGUUCAAGUAUGAUAAAAUUAUUUUGGUUGCUCUAAAGUAUUAUUUCCCAAAUCUACCUGACCAUAAUUUAGCGAGAGGCAGGGGAGAGCUACUUGUUUAAAAAUCCUCAUUAUUAGACCCAAUCUUCAGAUAGACGGAUUUAGUCUUCAGGAGGUGUUAACAGGUUGAUCUUGUGAGAAGGUACUGGACCUGCCAUCCACAUCACAUAUAGCAGAUAUCAGAAAAUCAGCUUGCAUAGGCCUAUUUUUAAAAGGAAUCUGAAAUUUGAUUCUAUUUUGGUAAAACUAAGACUAAAAAUAGCUACUUGUGUAAAUUCCUUUUAUGAUUGUUACUAAAAAUGUAUUUUCAUGUUUAAAAUGUUUUUGAAUAUUUUCAGGUUAAUUUAUAACUACUACAAUGAAUUGCAUGUAUUUCUUGAAUUGUUGAUGUGCAGAAAUAAAUACAUUAAAAGACUUUUCACUUUAAUAAAUUAAUAUUGAGCACUCAUUAAUAUUGAGCACUCAAAUAAUAUUGAGCACUUAUCCUGCGCCUGGCCUUGUGCUAACCAUUAGCAUUGGAUCAUUUCAAUUCUUUUAUAAGAGCAUUCUAUACUACAAAAUCAAUAUAAUUUCAUAAGGUACAAAUAAAAAUUGGUGAUAUGUUUAAUAUAAUUUUUAUCAUAAUUUAUAAAUGAUCUUUGCAAAUAAUGGUCAGAGGGCAUUAAUUUUUCCCUUAGUUAAGCUAAAUUAAAUAUACUCCUUCCUAUUAUGAUUACAUUAUUAAACACCAUUAUUCAUAUUUGAAAUAAUCACAAUACUGUUUUUCAAAAAUAAAAUACAAUGUACAAAGCUAUACAUUGAGUUCUUUAUUUUAUCUAUGGUGUUUUAGCAGAAACUCAGGAAUAUAACAUAUAAGGGAGAUGUUAAUUUAAAAUCUUCCACUAAAUUUUGUAUCUAUGAACCAAAGCCUAAAAUUUUAUAUUAUUCAGUUACAUAAGAGCUUUUACCCAAGUUUAAUUUGUCUUUAAGGACAGUCAUUUGGCUUCUGAAUGUUUGAAAGGAUUUUUUAAAAUAAGUAGUGUUAUGGUAGUUAUGUCUGUAAUUCUAAACUUUGAUAGUAAUCAGAACAUACUAUAUUUCAUUUCUGAAUAGCUUUUGAAUUCAUGAAAAAUUAUUAGCAAUGAAAAAUUAGUAUUUUAUUAAGUUAUACAUUAGCUUAUUUCUCUGUAACAGUACUGCUGUUUUUGUUUUGCUUCUGUAUAUUUAUUUCUAGCUUUUAUAUAUAAUUUAUCUAGUGUUUAUAAAAUAUGAUUUGUAAUAAAUGUUAAAA